GUUGGUGCAUGGUUUAAAAAAAAUCCCCAGUUACAUGAUAGAGUUGGACAAUCUGAAUGUAAAGCAACUCCUCCAUUACCCACAAUGCCGCGCGUUUUCCUUGUGGUCUUUUAAACGGCGGAAGUGCCGCGCGAGCUGCGUAGAUGAUUUGCGUUUGUUUGUGCGUUCACGACAGGAGUCUGGACUGAAGGACAGCUUCGUAUGGAAAACAGCAUGGAAAUUUCAUUCUAGAAAUGUACAUUUAAUAUUAUUCGGAGCCACUGGGAUCGCUUGAAGUGUUAAAUAAUCGCCGAAACGAACAAACAAACAAACAAAACAAUUUAAGAAGCGGAUUACGGCGGUUGAUGUGCGGAACUGAUUUGCACUUGGGUUGUGUUUAGGUCGGAUUCUUUUUUAAGUUGUACUCUUCGUAGAGAUCGCGACAAACCCGGAAGUCUGAAAAGGGCUAAUUAGGAAGCAAGUUAAAAUAUAUUAAAUACUAAAUUUGAGUCCGAAACGGGUAUUUCAUUCAGAACUUAAUUUAAGAACAUUUUAGAAAAGAGUCCUGAGUAAAGAAAUUUACGAUUUACCAUCGCAGAUAGAUCAGCUAAUUUCAACUUCCUGUUCCGGGUCAGUGCAGCUCGGGUAUUUUGGCUUCUAUGCUAAAACAGCGUGUGAUUAUUUACCGGGUUUGUGAAGCUAUCUGAUAAACCUUUUCAGAAAUUUGAAGCUGUUUCGAUAGCCAAAAUGCAGCGACAACAUUUCCGACCUCCGCAUCCAGCAGCUGGGCCGAGAGGCGGAGGAUUUCGGACCCCUCCGCACGCUUUGGACAGGCCAGGGGGUGGCAGGUUUCCCUCGCCGCCCUGGGCUUUCCCAAACGGGCCGUAUGGACCCAGAUUCGGGUCGUACGGCGGCUCUCCGGGGACACACACCCAGCCCAGAGAGUUUAGCGGUAAUAGAGGCGGUGGUAGCGGGAUGUAUGACUGCAAAUCCGCGGGACAAACACCGCGCAGAUCGAACGGUAGUCCUACUUACAGACACUCGCCUUAUCAGAGUCCCGGAGCACACAGCGGAUAUCAGGGUUCUCCACGGACAUCCACGCCGUACGGCAGGGAGAGAGGCGCGAACGAUAUGGAUAAGUAUUACAAAGCGUCCAUGCUUCAGGACCCGUGGGCUAACCUCCAGCCCGUUUCAGUGACCCAGACCCAGUCCAAAUGCAGCUCCCAGCAGGCCACACACACAGGCAGGACAGGGAGGUACUACUACAAAAACUCAACCGCUUAAAACAGACUUUUUUUUUUUCUUCUUCUCCUUUUAUUUUUUGUAAUUAUAUUUUGUUGGCCAACUCUGCAGUUGCUCAGAGUUUGGACACAAAAACCCUUGGACUUGGACACACCAGCAGCAAUAACACUUCCAAUGCUCACUGUUUACAGCAUUUUCUUUUAGAUUUUAUAUUCUGGAUAUGUAUAUCCAAAUAUUUUUAAUAUUCUGGACGUGUUCAUUUUGAGUACAGGAUCCGGACAGACGCUCGCUCACACACGCGCACACACACACACACACACACACACACACACACAAACACACCCCGGAUUAAUUAAUUUCCCAGUGUAGUGUUUUCACUACACACUAAAUCAGGAAAAAGACUCGCGGUGCAAACUGGAUCCCGUCUGAGCUUCCUCAUGAGGGAAUUAUUCUGGAUAUAACUAUUAAUAAUAAUUAUCAUCCAGGAUAAAUAAGUCGCAGCAGUCUUGAGUGACGACUAGCUGGAGUUGCUGAUUGACAUAUUGCUGUACGUGUGUGUAAACAGCAUUAAGAGGUUUAAUCUACCUCUGACCCCGUGCUGUUAAACUCCACCAGCAGAACUUUUUCUAAGCAUUUUAUUCUAAUUUUGUACAUUCUGUAAAAUAUUUGAAUUUGUCUUUCAUUUUAUUUCAGACCUGUCAUUUGUUUUGUUUUUAUUAAAAAGAAAGAUGUACAGUUUUUUUUUUUUUUU